AUGAUUUCUAACCGAGCCACCACGCAGCAGCAGCCAACGAAUGUGGCGAACGAUUUAGCGACAGCUCCUUCCGAGCCUGCUUUCAAGCUUCGGGGAUCAGAGUCGGUUGGUGAUACCCGGGCCGCGUCUGGUGACGGAAGCGAGGCGAUUAAAGACCUAUCGGGUCCGCCGGUCCUGUGCUGGGAGCGCGUGGGCGGAUCCACUAAGGCGUAUGUGGCGAAUGAGGGGGGCGGGGGAGGGGAUGGCGCGGAGGGGGGCGGGGAAGGGGCGCAAUGGGCGGCGGAGAAAGCCGUUCUUUAUCCAGGACGUGGGGGAGCGCGCAGACGCGGUUAUG